GUGAGUUGAUUGAUGAUCCAAUGAAUUUGUAAAAUUUUAUAUUCGUUUCAAAGAUUUAGAAAAAAGAUGGUUGAUCUUCAACAAUUCAGUGAUUAUGUUUAUCGUUAUCCUGAUGUUCAAAGUAUUGAUCAAACAUUAAAAGUACUGGAAAUUCGUAUACAAUCGAUCGUUUCAGAUGAAAUCAAUUUCGAUAUCAUUGGUUUGAAACCAUUUUUUGCCAAUACAAUACGGCAAUUAAUUUUGAAUGAAAUUCCUACGAUGGCCAUCGAAGAUGUUUAUUUUCAGAAAAACACUUCCACUUUUUUCAAUUGUGAUUACAUUUCCCAACGUUUAGCAUUGAUUCCAAUCGAUGCUAAUCCAAAUGAUUUUAAAUUUCGAAAUAAAAACCAAUCGGAACGAUUGAAUACGAAUAAUUGUAUUGUGAUGAAUUUGAAUAGAAAAAAUACUGGCACACAACCAAUCAAAAUAUAUGCCGAUGAAAUUGUAUGGGAACCGAUUGGAACAAGACAAAAUCUAUUAUCACCGAUUAAAUUACUGUAUCCAAAAAUACCAAUCAUGUAUCUGAAACCAGAUGAAGAAAUUGUUUGUCGUUUACAUUGUGUUAAAGGUCGUGGUUUAGAUCACAUGAAAUUCAGUCCAGGAUUUGCUCGUUAUUUUUUUCAUUCACAAAUCACUAUAAAAGAUGGAGAAAAUCUUUCCAAUGAAACAGUUGAACGAAUAAAAUCAUCUUUUCCGGCUGGUGUAAUUGAAACGAAAAUCCGACCAAAUGGUCAAAUUAUACCGGUUGUUGUUAAUGAACGCCUGGAUCAUCAUACAAGAAGUUUUAAAAAUUAUGAUGAUGUAGCCAAAGCUGUCCAGGUGAAAUAUUAUCGUGAUCAUUUGAUUUUUAUUGUUGAAACUUAUGGCGUAAAAGAUCCGGCCGAAAUGUUUAUUAAUGCAUUGGAUAUAUUCAAAUAUAAAAUUGAAAUAUGGAAAGAACGUAUUCAAAAAGUUAAAUCUGAACCUGAAAAAAAAUAAUCGAAAAAUGACACCGUUAGUUCCUGAUUAUUAUUUGAUUUUUUUUCAAAUUGGUAAAUUUUCCAUAAAUUGAGAAUGAUUAAAAUUUUCAGCAUUUGUUUUUUUGAAUGCAUCGUCGACUUUUCUGACUGUCCUGAUUCAUUUAUGUCAAAAUAGAUGAAUACAAAUUUCAUCAUCACUGCUUUUUUCAGUAUUAAGAGAGAGAGAGAGAGAGAGAGAGAGAGAGAGACUAUUUAUUCAUUCAAUCUUGUCAUUCAAUCAGUUUACGCGCUUUUUUUUUUUCAAUUUCAUCAAUCAAUCAUCGAAAUCAUGUCCAGCAAAAAGAAACAACAAAAAGCCAUGGCUCCAGAUUCGGAUGAAGAAUCACCAAAUUCAUUGAAAUUGAGUAACAAUCGUUACCUAACCGUUUCGGACUUUAAGA